UGCCCCAGCUCUAGUGAAACACCCUCUCUGCACAGUUUAUAAAGGUGCUCGCUGCCCACAAACAGGGAGGCUGCAGCUUAUCACGUACACCAGCCUUUGUACAGAGUAUUUUAAGCUCCAGCAGUACCAGCCCAGCUGAGAGCGUUUGGCUGGCGCUCCACCGGACCCGCGGCAGGGCUGCUCCCCAGGCUCCCCGUGCCGCUGCGGGGCUCCUCAGCGCCGGGGCAGGAGCCCCGCGCUCCGCUCCAAGCGGAGCCAUCCCGGCAGCGCCCGGGAGCCGCCGAGGCCUCUCCCAGUACCUGCCGAGGGGCGGGGCCGGGCCAGGGCCCGCCCGCUUCCGCCCCGCGCCGGGCUCGGCGCCGCUCGGGGCCGGCAGACGCGGCUUCCGCCCGGCCGGAGCAUGACCCAGGCGGAGAAAGGCGAGGCGGAGAACGGCAAGGACAAGGAGCGCGACCGGGAACGCGAGCAGCGCGGCGUGAAGCGGCCCAUCGUCCCCGCCGCCGUGCCCGAGUCGCUGCAGGAGCAAAUACAGAGCAACUUCAUCGUGGUGAUCCACCCCGGCUCGACCACCCUGCGGCUCGGGCGGGCCACGGACACGCUGCCCGCGGGCAUCCCGCACGUGAUCGCGCGGCGGCACAAGCAGCCGGGCCAGGCGGCCUACAGGGACAGCUGGCUCCUCAGGGACGGCCUCAAUAAACCUGAAAGUACUGAGCAGAGACAAAAUGGCCUUAAAAUGGUGGACCAAGCAAUAUGGUCCAAAAAGAUGUCAAACGGAGCGAGGCGCAUACCAGUGUCACCUGAUCAGGCCAGGUCAUACAACAGACAGAUGAGGCCUGCCAUUUUGGAUCACAGCUCUGGGGCCAAGUGGACAAACACAUCAAAUCAUCCUGAAUUUUUGGUAGGAGAAGAGGCCCUGUAUGUUAAUCCAUUGGAUUCUUACAACAUCCAUUGGCCCAUUAGAAGGGGGCAGCUGAAUCUCCACGCAGGACCUGGUGGCUCCCUCACUGCAGUACUGGCAGACCUGGAAGUUAUAUGGUCACAUGCAAUACAAAAGUACCUGGAAAUACCUCUGAAAGACCUAAAGUACUACAGAUGCAUUUUACUAAUUCCAGACAUCUAUAAUAAACAACAUGUGAAAGAACUGGUAAAUAUGAUCCUAAUGAAGAUGGGCUUCUCAGGAAUUAUUGUACACCAGGAGUCUGUCUGUGCUACCUUUGGAAGUGGUUUAAGCAGUGCAUGCAUUGUGGAUGUGGGAGAUCAGAAGACAAGUGUUUGCUGUGUAGAAGAUGGUGUUUCCCAUCGCAACACCAGGCUAUGCCUUGCAUAUGGAGGAUCUGAUGUGUCAAGGUGUUUUUAUUGGCUUAUGCAACGAGCAGGAUUCCCAUACAGGGACUGCCAGUUAACUAAUAAGUUGGAUUGCCUGCUGCUUCAGCAUCUAAAGGAGACAUUUUGCCAUCUAGAUCAGGAUAUUUCUGGAUUGCAAGAUCAUGAGUUCCAAAUCCGGCAUCCGGAUUCUCCAGCUUUAUUGUACCAGUUCCGGUUAGGGGAUGAGAAAUUACAGGCACCCAUGGCUCUGUUUUAUCCAGCAACUUUUGGAAUUGUUGGACAAAAAAUGACAAUUUUGCAGCACAGGUCACAAGGUGAUCCUGAGGAUCCUCACGAUGAACAUUAUCUGCUGGCCACACAAAGUAAGCAGGAGCAGUCUGCAAAAGCUACAGCUGACAGAAAAUCUAUGUCAAAGCCUGGUGCAUUUGAGGGAGAAUUGAGAGGCCAAUCCUCAGACAUUUCAGAGAGGAUCUACCCCCAAGAAGUGGAGCUGGGCUCUUCCCAGGGUGACUGUAUGAUACCUGGCAAUGAUUCAGAGGAACCUUUAAGUGCACACAUGUCCAGGAAAACUGCUAUUUCUCAGUUUGAAGGGAAAGCCCUGGGCCUGGACAAAGCCAUCCUUCAUAGUAUCGACUGCUGUGCAUCUGAUGAUACAAAAAAGAAGAUGUACAGCUCCAUCUUAGUAGUGGGAGGAGGCCUUAUGUUUCAUAAAGCUCAAGAGUUUCUUCAACACCGAAUUCUCAACAAAAUGCCACCUUCCUUCAGAAGAGUUGUUGAAAAUGUUGAGGUCAUCACAAGGCCUAAGGAUAUGGAUCCACGUUUGAUUGCCUGGAAAGGAGGGGCAGUUUUGGCCUGUCUGGACACCACUCAGGAGCUGUGGAUCUACCAGAGGGAGUGGCAGCGCUUUGGGGUCAGGAUGUUGCGGGAGCGAGCUGCCUUUGUGUGGUAA